GAAAUUUCCGGGCGCGCUUUGAGCGCGUGAUUGGCCAGCGCCAGUCUUACCUACAUGCAAAUGAGGGCACGUUCCACCCGCCUUGAGACCAGAGCGCGUGGAAGUGGAGAGGAAUGCAUUCGAACACUUUUGAGCCCACGAAAAACAAGUUUUUUUGAACGUCCCCGCAGCUUUAAAGAACCAUUUUCAAAUUUGAAGAAAACACUCUCUAUAUGUAGCGGAACUUAUUACUGCGUUGGCAUUGUAUCAUUUUUAGAACAUUUUUGAACUGUUAUGAGGCGAGAAUGAAUAAUUCGGAGGACAGCGGAAGCAAGUGCUCGCCUGCCCCCAUUUCAAGCUUCACGAUCCAGUCCAUUCUGGGCACCUCCAACGAGGGAGUCCGGUCAGCUGGAAAGGACAGUCUAAAAGCGCAGCCGAGGAAGCGGACGUUGUCCGUGUCAUCGGAGGACGACUGCAGCGCCGGAGAGGACUCAGGCGACUGCUACUGCUCUGAGCCCGGUGUACCAGAGUCCUGCAACCCGCACCAGCCUCUGAACUUCUCCUGCAUCGGUGCCACAAAGGGACUUCUACCUGUGCAGGAUGGGAUCGACCGCCGGCCGCAUUUGACACCAUCCAUACUACCGGAUUACAAAGAGGAGCAGGAGCGAGCGUGUAGCCAAAUGUCUCCCGUUUCUGAAGAGAGACAACGUGAAGGCCCGGACAAACAGAGCAGCUCCGCCAAGAAAAAGACGCGCACGGUUUUCUCUCGGAGUCAGGUUUAUCAGCUCGAGUCCACGUUCGAUAUGAAACGCUAUUUGAGCAGCUCCGAGAGAGCCUGUCUCGCCUCCAGCCUCCAGUUAACGGAGACACAAGUGAAAACGUGGUUUCAGAACCGGCGGAACAAAUGGAAACGGCAGCUCUCUGCGGAACUGGAAGCUGCGAACAUGGCGCACGCAUCAGCCCAGACUUUGGUUGGGAUGCCCCUCGUUUUUAGAGAAAAUUCGUUGCUCCGGGUGCCAGUUCCGAGGUCCAUCGCUUUUCCUACCCCACUGUAUUACCCUGGAAGUAAUUUACCAGCUUUACCAUUAUACAAUCUUUACAAUAAGAUUGAAUAUUAACUUUUGCGCACAACGAAAAUUCCUUGCUAAGGGACGACACACUAUUACACACUUAAACGUACAAAUGUUUGACAAAAUUCAUGUCUAUUUAUACCUCUUUAUUUGGUGAAAAAAAUAUAUUUCUUAUUAUGCAGCAAUUAAACGAGUCUAUGUGUAAAACACAAAAGCAACACGGUUCUGUACAUGUCCUAUAAAAUACACCAUGUGUAUAAUGAUUAUUUUGUACUUUUAUUUACAUUUCUGUCCACAGAUUAACCAGUUUCGACGAGUGAAAAAACUGAAAUAAAAGUGUAACCAGUC